AUGGCGUAUCGAACUAUAUCCGUCGUUCUUUUCUAUCUGGCUCUUGGUCUUCUGGCCAGGUCUACUGCAAGCGAAAAGGGCGACUAUGACCAGUGCUACUUCGAUGCCGGUUACGUCGGUCCACCUAACCUUCUCCCUUGCUUACCGGCGAACGAAACAAAAAAUGGCUUCAGUUGGUGCUGCCUGGCGGGCGACUUCUGUGUCAAUCAAGCCUGUUGGGAUCGACCAUCUGGCGUGACUUAUCAGUAUGGCUGCAAUGACCCGACCUACAAAGACGAGAGCUGCCCGCUCAAAGGUGAUUUAGAUCGAGGUACGUUCCAGGCGCACAAUCCCAUUAGGCUUCGCGGAAGAGUUUGA